AUGUCCUGCAUCUUCUGCACCCACGCAUCCGUGCCCGUGCGCAUGUCAGAUCUCAGUCCUGACGUCUACAUCUGCCAUCUCAACAGGGUUUCGCACCGUCCGGCGCGCCCCGCCCCCGUACCUAUGCGUAUUCCCCCUUCCAUUCGAACAAGAAACCCCGAGGAGGUCUCUGUAUCGUGCUUCAUGCGGACAUAUGUCCUGAUUGUCGAGAAGUCCCGCCGCGGCGGCCACCUCGCCUUCCUGCCGGAAUUCUACCUUGAAAAGUCCUCUGAGUCGUGCCUGCGGCUUUCAGUCCUAAGUCUUGGGUAUCUGGCACUGUUUAAUAACCGCCACCAAUCCCAGACCAUCUGGAUUCAGGCAAGGAAGCACUAUAGCGCAGCACUGGCGGCUCUCGCUGCGGUAAUUGACACCAAGGAAUCGGCGGUCCGGGAUGAGGUCUUUGCCAGACCUGAGUGGCGAGUGGAGGACGCAACUGGACGAUCAUAUCCCUGGGGUGCAUGCCCCCAUUCAAGCCAGGGCUCGGCCAGCCUGAGUGGAAAGCAUGGGUGUCGGCUGCUCGCGUGGGCAUUCAAUCAGCUGCAAAUCCAAGCAAUUGCAAACAACGAAUACGGAUACGCGCAUUUGCCAUCUCUGUUCGAGGAUCUCGAAAGACCAGACAGUGUCUGCCAAGCCAUAAAACUGGUGAGCCUGGUAUCCGGCUUCUGCGAGUCGACCAGAGAAACCAGGCAUCCUCCAACAUAUCCACAAACGCUACCGCAGAGCUUGGAGGAGCCGCCGGAUCAAAGCGCUAACAUAUGGACGGCAUGUUUCAUGGCACUCAUCACCUCCAGCACUCUCCUCUUCUACGUCCGCUGCCUCGACUACUUUCCAGCCUUCUUCCUUACCGACUGCGAGUCUAGGCCAGCAGAUGGAGAGCUCUAUUUCCCAGUCUUCUACCGCUACGACAUCUAUCGUCGAAUUGAACAGUCGCUCAACACCAUCUGCUCUUCGGUGCGAUACGCACUAGGCGACCUGGAUGUGUACGGCACGUUUCACCUGUUUCCAGAAAUCAACCACGGAAUAGCGUACAAUCUCCGAUGGCCGAUCUCGCUGGUUUCGCAAUGCGGCUUCGCGUCCACAGAGCAGGUCUUGCUCUGUACCGAGGUAUUGCAGCAUACGUACUCGGCAACUGCACGGCUUGAUUCAGUUCGAACAUUACUCAGACGGGCAGUCGCACAUGUCCUUGCUGAGUACCAAUUUAGUGAACCCACGGUCUUGGGCCAGACUUGCCUGUCCAGCCUCGCAGGUAUGGAGCCAGCAACAGCACCCCGAGUCAAAGGGGCCCGUGGCUCGGUAGUGACUUCCCAAUUCGAGGAUAUUUUGCGAGCGGCUCCACUUUUGAUAAUCUUAUCGCCGAGGGUAUGCUCCACUUUGCUUCCUGAUUUGGAUCCUAGGGUUUCUCGCACCAUUCCCGGUGGCCGAAGGAUAGCCGAGAAGGGUAGCGGCGAAGAUUCGAUCCGUUGAUGCCAGAGGUAAACGAGUGUUUUCAGGGAUGUCAAUACACGACUGGUUGGCAGCUGACUAUAUACUAGACUAGCCCAGUUAGAUCCACCAUUACUAGCCCGAAAUCCAAGUACUGUAGGGGUUUGGUCUCCAGACAAUAAUCAAAGAGAGAAAUCCUAGUUCAAUUCAAUAAAGAGUCUCAUCU